GCCUGUCCGGCGCGUAGCCGGACGGGCCAAUCAGGACAUGGAGGAGCACAUCGCGCAUCUUCCUCGACUUCAGCCAAUCGGCGCGCGGGCCCGGGCCUGGCGCGUGGCCCGGCAGGCCAAUCUCCGCCAGGGACGCCUCCUGGCGUGCCCUUUGCCCUCUCACGUUCGAAUCCCCGCCGCCAAUCGCGGGGCGGACAGAGGCAGCUCGCGCUUGUUUACUGCCUAACGGCCGCCGGAGAGCACUUCGCCCCCCGCCAAGUGCACGCGGCCUGCUGAGCGCGCAGACAUGCAGGAGAAUAACAUCUUCCUGGGGCAUAAAAUAUGGAAAAUUUGGAUGUGGUGAAAAUUGUGCAAGAAAGUCCGCCGUCUUCUGUAGAAUCUGACAUCAGAAAUACGCACAACACUGGUUGCAACUUAAAUACUAACAGCAGAAGUAGUCCCUUGUCCAAUCCAAAUGGAGUUUCCAGUUUCUCAGGGAAGACCAGCCCGUCUGUAAUCCCUGGGUCUAUUGAAGUGUUGGCUUCCUUUAUGCAAGAUAUUCAAAAGACUGGAAGGACUGACUCAGAAAUUUUGCAGAACUGUGAGACAAGGUGGCUACAGUUAUUCAAACUGGUGGAGAAACAAUGUCAGGAACAAAUAGUUGCCCAGCAAGAGCAGUUCCACCAUCAAAUCCAACUUGUUCAGAAUGAGAUAUGGCGGUUAUUGAAGUUACAGAACAGUAAUGUUUCUUGGGAUUCCAGCACCUGCAGGAGUUCUCCUGCCAAAUUUACAAACAAUUUUUCUUCAUUAGAAAGUCAAAUGGGGUUGAGGUCUGUGACCCUUCAGGAACAUGAGCCGAUUAUCAAUCAACUUAAGUCUAAUGAAGCUGAAAGUCAGCCAAAAGCAUCUGCUGUGCAUCAAGAGUGUUUUGCAAAUAAUAUCUCAAUGAACAGUGGCUAUGGUACCCUUACUGCUUCAGAACUGAAUCCCAGCAAAUCCAUGGACAUUAAAAAGUGCAUGGAAUACACAGAAAAGAUUUCCAAAGGACAGGGAGAUGCACUAAUGACACAGGGGGAUGUGGCCAUAGCCAACAUACAAACAAAAAGAGAAUGUGCCCAAAAAACUGAGGACUCUUGUCCAUCACUAAAAGCCGAUAAUUUAGUUUUUCCUGCUGAAUUUGAACAUAAGUUUAAUGAGGAUCAAUGUGGAAAAACAAACUGUAAAUCUCUAACAUCAUGGGCACAAAAGCUGAAACAAAACCAAUCAAAAAAACCAAAUGUGGAAGAGGAAGGGCAUGUGAACUCUAUGCAACAAAAUGAGCAAGGAAAGAAAUUAACAUUUGAGACUAUGAAUCUUACUGAUGCUGUUUCCCCGUCAUAUGCUUUUUACCUCAGUCAGCCAAAUGAAAGUCCAAGUUCCUUAACUUCUGAAGCUUCAGGGCUUACAUAUUGGAAACUAGAUGAGAAGGAGCUAUAUCGCCCUUUGCCUGAGAAUUUCAGGAAUGAAUUUUCUAAUAUUUUCUCCACAAAGCUGUCGUCAGAUCAGUUGUCUUCUGGUGAAGAAAUGAAGCCAUCAUCAUUGAAGGAUAUUUAUCAUAAAAAGCAAAGGGAAAAUAAGCAGCUGCCAGAAUGGAAUCAAAUCUCUCCUUCUCAAGCGAGUCACCCGCCAGAGGUUUUAACUUUGGACCCGACACUGCACAUGAGAUCAGGUCAGCAUAAUCCAGGACAUUGUUUUUUCAGUACCUCUGAAGAGAAGACUCCUUUUUCCCCGGACUCUAUGGCAGAUCCCUCUUUCUCCAGUCAUUCUGACACAGACUCGUUUUCACAUGCAAGUAAUAUAACUUCACCUCAAUUAGAAGUUUCCCCAAAAUAUCCUUCUAGCACUAAAGCCAUACAUCUGGAUCCCUGGAAGAAUCAUGGCUUCCAAAAUGAAACCAAGACCACCUGUUCUUUUCCCAUGGCAUAUGCUAAUGCUGGUAAUAUUUUAAUCAACACCAAGGAUGAAGGAAGUUUAACUUUAACUCCAUCUUCAAUUACCCAGUCACAAUUUCCAUGUGCUGACAGCAGUUUACCAGAAUAUAGUGUUUCAGUGGCAUCCUUUGAAGAUCCUGUGGUGUUGUCAAAGAUUAGGCAGAACUUGAGGGAAAAACAUGCCCGACAUAUAGCUGAUCUACGAGCUUAUUAUGACUCAGAGAUCCAUAGUUUAAAACAGCAGCUAGAGGCGAGUCAUAAAACUGCUUCAUCUGAAGAUUUGAAGAAAAUCAAUCAAAAUCUUGUUGAUAGGUGUGACCAGUUAGAUGCAGCUUUGAAUGAAGCUAGUGCCUGUAUGAGAGCCCUUGAAAAUAAGAAUAAUAUGCUGGAAAAGCAAGUGACAGAUUGGAGAGAACGCUUUUAUGCAGCCAGCAAUACUUCCAAAGUUUUGCAAGAACGUAUUGAAGAAAUGCGCACAAGUAAUAAAGAUAAGGAUAAUACCAUCAGCCGACUGAAAUCUAGGCUUAAAGAUCUUGAAGAAGCAUUUGAAAAGGCUUACAAGCUAUCAGACAAUAAAGAUACUAGGUUAAAGGAAGAAAAUAAAAUGUUUCAAGAUCUUCUUGGAGAAUAUGAAUCCCUUGGAAAAGAACAUGAAAGAGUAAAGGAUACAUUAAACGCAACUGAAAACAGAUUGCUUGAUGCAAACACCCAGAUUUCUGAUUUGAAAAGAACAAUUUCAAAACUAGAAGUUCAGCUCAUGCAGGUAGAGCAUGAAAACAUGUUGAAAUUCCGCCAUAUUACUGAAAGUCAUUUAAGAACAUCCCGUGUCAAUAGCAAGUUGGCAGCCCCUGAUGUCAGCAGGCGAAAGUGGUUGAUCCCAGGAGCGGAGUAUUCGAUUUUUACAGGCCAGCCUCUGGAAAGCCAAGAGACCAAGGACAACAGACUGGAAGAAACCUACGUUCCUUCCAGGCACCAUUCUCCUCCAGAAAAGGACUCUUCACAAGAAGACUCUUCAGCAGAUGUAACUGGAAAAAAAGAAAAUGAGGCACCUGAGACACCAAUCAUGAAAGCCUUUAAGGAACUUGAAGAAAGAAAAGCAUUUAAAGAUUGGACCACGCAGACGGAAAAGGACGACACUUCCGCCAAAAUGUCAAAUCGACGGCAGACUGUUGGAUUCGAUGAAACUACUUUCAUUACUAGUCGGUCCCCCGAGAAAUGUAAGGACCAACAAAGACCAAAAAGAUACAGCUCACCUAAUGGGCAGAGGUCAUCAUCUCUCCCUCCUUCCAACAGGAAGUCAAACACUCCAACAAGAAGAGAGAUAAUGUUGGCACCAGUGUCUGUGACAUACAGUCCAAAACGAUCACCAAAGGAAAACCUAUCUCCUGGAUUUAGCCACUUGCUUAGCAAAAAUGAAAACACAGUGACAAGGUUUGAUAUACUUCUGGAUGAUCUGGAUCUUGCUGCUGCUUCUACACCACAACAUAGCAAUCCAAGAAAAAGACUCCAAUUUCUCUCACUAGAUGAUAUAGAAGGAAGGCAGCAUUCUGAUAAGGGCAUCAACAGCUGUGUUAACUACAAUUCUUGUGCUGAAUCUUUGCAUCCUGGAAUGAAGAAAGGAACUGUGGGGUCUGCCUGGGAAGAGAGGAAUAUAACACACAAGAAUGAACAAUGCGUUCCUGCACCAGUAGCACCUUAUGAGGCAGACUUCAAGUACACAGCAAGGAUUAAGACAUUGGCUGAAACGGAGAGACUUUUUGAUGAGCUCACACAAGAAAAGCAACAGAUUGAAGCUGCCUUAAGUCGAAUACCUUGUGCUGGGGGAAGAAUGACCUUGCAAACAAGAUUAAAUCAGGAAGCCUUGGAAAAUCGCUUGGAAAGGAUUAAUAGAGAUUUGGGUUCAAUCCGCAUGACACUGAAGCGAUUCCAUGUUUUACGUACCUCUGCAAAUAUUUGAGACUUGUAUCUAUUAAAUUUGGAUAUGCUUUGGUUUGCACUAACAUAUAAUUAUGCACUCAGCGAAUGCAAAUUGUUUUGUAUUUUUGUAAGCCCUCAACAGUAGUUUUACAACCAUGUUAUCCUUUACACACAGCAAUAUUUUGUACUUCAGACAGCCACCUAUAUUUUAAACAUAUUUUUGUUACACUUGAGGAAUUGAUCCGUUUAUCGUGUAUUUUACUAUUUUUAAAAAUAGUAACUAUUUUUAAAUAGUGGUAUGAAUUCAAUUUAUAAUAUGAAGAAGGAAGUAAACAGAGGCAGCUUGUUUUCUGAAAACAAUCAUGUUAUCCUUUUGCACUCACUUUGCUCUCCAUUUUAUAGAGCAACUGGCCUAUACUGUAAAUAGUAACUCCUAGGUAAUUUUGAACUUUUAUAUUAUUCAUAAGGCAACAUGAAGCUUCUGUGGCAAAAUCAACUACAAAUAUAUGCUAGACAUCUUCUAUUGAAAGUAUGUAGCUAGGUUUUAAUUUUUUUUUGUUGUGACUCAUUUUAAAUGCAUCUCUACGCACUGGAAUUCUAUUUAAGUAUUGUUCUGUAUAAAUUAAGAGCAAGCCAUUGAACAAACAAAAGAAAAUAAAUGUAUGUGUUCUUUUUUUUU